AUGAGCAAGUUCGACAGCUCCUAUGACAUUGUGGUCGUUGGUGCUGGCUGGUAUGGCCUCGCGGCGGCCAAAGCUGCCUCCCAGAUGAUGCCCACCUCGACAAUGGCCAUACUCGAGUCGGCCGAGUCCUGCGGCGGCACCUGGUCGGCCAACCGUCUCUACCCAGGCCUCAAGUCAAACAACAUGCGCGGCACCUACGAGUAUCCAGACUUCCCCAUGACGGACGCCUACGGCGUGGCCAAGGACCAGCACAUCCCCGGCACUGUCCUGCACACAUAUCUCACGGACUUUGCCAAGGCGUUUGACCUCUUUGACAAGGUGCAGUUCCACACAAAGGUCGACGUCGUGGAGCCGACAGACGACGAGGCCUGGCGCAUCAACGUCUCCACGCCCAAGGGCACAAAGACGUACCGCGCCGCCAAAAUCAUCCUGGCCACUGGCUUGACCAGCACUCCCAACAUGCCCGAGUACAAGGGCGCAGAGACGUUUGGCGCGCCCCUGUUCCACGCAAAGGACUUUUGCACCCGAGCCGACGAGCUCAAGGGCGCCCAAAACACCGUCGUCGUGGGUGGUGCCAAGUCAGCCUACGACGUUGCGUACGCCAUGGCCAUGGACGGGUCGACAGUCCAUCUCGUCGUCCGUGACAAUGGCCACGGUCCCGUUUGGAUCACGCCCUCCAAGGUGACGCCCUUUAAGAAACGACUGGACCAGCUGCUCCUGAUCCGGUGGAUGACCUGGUUCGCGCCUUGUCCCUGGGGCGGCGAGGAUGGCUUCCCCGGUAUCAGGAGGCUGCUGCACGGCACGAGGAUUGGGCGCUGGAUCACUGAUUUCUUCUGGAAGACCCUAGGCGACGAUGUCAUCACCGCAGUCGGCUACGACGAGCACCCGGAGAUGAAGAAGCUGAAGCCAUGGAACUCGGCCUUUUGGAUCGGCAGCGGGCUGAGCAUCCACAACUAUAACACCUCGCUCUGGGAUCUGGUCCGUUCAGGACAGGUCAAGGUCCACGUCGGCCAGAUUGACCAUAUCGAACCCAAGACGGUCGUUCUCGCGGAUGGUACGCGCCUCGCUGCGGACGCCAUGGUCUGCUCGACGGGUUGGAAGAAGGAAUCCACCAUCAAGUUCCAGGGCCUCAAGGACAACAGCUUUGGACUCGACUGCACGCCUGGUCAGCUCCGCGCCCUCAACGACAAGGCCGACAAGGACGUCCUCACCCAGUUCCCCCGCCUUGCCGACCAGCCCACCCUCAAGUUCACCCCCAAGGCGGGCGAGCCGCUGCGCUACUACCGCUUCAUCGUACCGUCAAGCCACGUCUUUAAGAGAAACAUUGCCUUUUCGGGCGCCGUAUCGACCGUCAGCACGUCAACGUGCGCCACCAUCCAGGGCCACUGGAUCGCGGCCUACCUCGCCAACCAGCUGGACCGGACGCCCAUGACGCAGGCGGAGAUCACGGAGGAGAUCAUGCUGCACACGCAGUGGGGCAAGUGGCGCUUCCCGUGUGGCUACGGUGCGAGUCUGCCUGAUUUUGUGUUUGAGGGUCUGCCGUAUGUUGAUAUGCUGCUGCGUGAUUUGGGGCUGAAUAGUCAUCGCAAGGGGAGCUGGUGGCGCGAGCUGACGAGUCCGUAUCUGCCGAGGGACUUUCGGGGGCUUGUGGAGGAGUGGCAGCAUGUGCACGAUGAGCCUUUGAAGAAGAAAUGA